AUGGCCAUUGUCUGGUCUUCGUCCUUUUCCUCGGUUUCGACCUCACCAACAAAGAUAGGGUUGGAAACAGACUCGGAAACAGUUCUCACAGGUUUUGAGACCUGUGCCUUGACGAGUGGAGGCCCAGACGGAGUUAUAUCUGUCACGUCCUCAAGAACAUCCUCCAGAUCCUCAUCAUCAUUAUCACUAUCCAGAUCAAUGGCCUGGUCUGCAGACUGUCCAUUGUCGUCAAUCGACAAACUACACACGCCAAUUGCCAGUAAAAGAAAGCCGGCCCAGGAAUUUAUGAUGGCAUACACGCCCGACCACCCGCAUUCGAUGCCGAACCUGGCCAGCCAGUCAAGGUCGCAAAACAAGUUUGUGCCCAAGUUCGGCAACACAGACCAGAAGACCUGCUACAACCUCUUCAAGGAACUGCAGGAUGUUCCUGAAACAAAUGGAGAUCUAGCGGUUUCGGGAUCACCGAUUCCAAUCGGCCAGCUCACGCCGUUUCUGGUGUCCAACCAGCCUCCGAGACAGAUGAGCACCACCUCGCCUAGCAAACAGCGACCACAGGAUCAUUCCCCACUGUCUCCACCAAUACAGCCGAUUUUCAUCCUCCCGAACGAGCACGAGAGAGAUAUAAUGUCAUAUUCAGAAAUGCAACGGUUUCCUUCCGAGUUCAAUCCUAGACAGGCUGCAAACAUGCCCCACAAGGAGAAAGUAGAUAAAUGGAUAGUCAAUGUUCCUGCCUAUCCCAACCAGAGCAAAGAGACCUGGUACAACGAGUGCUACCCCCCCGUGGUGGAAUUGUCGACCGCGUCGACCCCGGAAGAAUCUGAAGUUGAGUUCGCCAGUCGGCAGGAUAUCAUUGAGUUCCAGUCUCGGUUGAUCACGUUCCUAGUUAACAAAUCUUACUACAAUGACCCGACAGAAGAGAUCAAUCGCGGAGAAGAAUUCGAAGAAGCGCACCUAGGUGGCGAGUACUCGUACGACACAAACGAUGGAGACCUGAAUUACCACGAAGGCAUUUACUGA